AUGGGCUGUGGUCGAGAGUUGGGGGCGUCCUCUGGCGUUGAAACGGCCGGCAUUUUGGGUUGGGGGAAAUAUCAAACGUAUUACUCUUUUUUGUCUAUUGUUCCUUUUUUUAGUUUCUACUGCAUUGCAACCUCCAUUCUGCCCCCUUCUCGAUACAACGUACAAUCUUAA